CGAGAAUGGCGUUUAUAAAUGGUCCAUGUUUCAUAAGCAUACAGUAAGGUUGGUAGUACAAUAGCUUUGUAAACAAGCAUUUUGGUUUCCCUGAGAAUGUCCCAGUCCUCAAACAUUCUGCACUUCAAUCAGGAGAAAGCCGCACUCACAGAGCUGAGGCGAUGCUGGAUUUCAGCAUCAGUGUUGGCACUUGUGGAAAGAUAACUGCCCAUACUGGAAGAAGCAAAGAUCACCAGUGUCGAAGCAAUGAGUCUUCAACAUCAACUUUGUUGAACUGGUCACGUCAUGCGGAUGUCUGAUUAUCGUCUUCCAAAGCAACUACUCUAUUCCGAACUUAAAAAUGGAAGGCGUAAUGCUGGUGGUCAACAAAAGAGGUUUAAAGACUCUUUUGAGGCAAAUCUGAAAAAAAUGUAGUAAAAACAUCAACAACUGGGAAACACUGGCCUAUGAGCGCUCCAAUUGGAGAACAGCAUUUACCAAAGAUGUCAUGGGCUUUGAAGACACUCAAACUCAGGACGAAAAGGAAAAAUGUGCUAAGAGGAAGGCAUGCUUGGCACCGUGAUAAAGUCCCUCCAGGAAACCUAUGUCCCCACUGUGGAAGGACAUGUGGAUCCAGAAUUGAUCUCCACAGUCACUUACGGACUCACUGCCAAAACCGUGUUCAUGGAAGACAAUCUUACUCAGCUACGAGUGAUCUCCAAAGACGACGACUAGUAAUUAAUAACUAGAGAAGACUAGUAAUUUUUUAUUAUUAUUAUUAUUACUAUGUCAUAGGCACAUUGAUACAAUGGCACAUUUCCAUGUACUUAUUGGCAAAACUAUGUGAUUUAUUUUGCAGUUGCACCAGAUCCAGUGGAACUUAUUUCCAAGUCACUGAACAGAACUGCAGGGUAACAUAGCACUCCUGUGACCCUAGCUGCACCAGUAUAAUUUAGUCAGGAUCCCAUAUGUACUUCCAGCACCAGUCUGGAGGAGGGGGAAGAGUUAGAACUAUAAAAACCAUAGCUACAAUGCUACCUAUUCCCCCAGCAUCCAAGGCAACACCACUGACACAAAUCAAUCACAGAGUAGCAUGCCAACAAUGCCCCAGUAGCCAUGCAUAGACUGACCCAUUCCACACACAGCAAUAGGGAAACAUCUCCAAGACCUCACCCCCGAGCCAUACACAACAGGCAACCCACCAAUCACUACUGAAAGAGCCCCUAGGGCAAGCAGCAAUUCAGCAAUAAGGAAUGUCUGGAAAUCUCUCUACAAACAGGUGUUCAAAUUCACCUGUAUCACACAAUCAUUGCUAAUACAGUCGUACCUUGGAGGUUGUACGGAAUCUGUUCCGGAACGUUUGAAAACAUUUCAAAACGUUUGAAAACCAAAGUACAGCUUCCGAUUGGCUGCAGGAAGCUUUUGCAACCAAUUGGAAGCCCCGUCAGACGUUUGGCUUCCAAAAAUAGUUUGCAAACCGGAACAGUCACUUCUGGGUUUGGAACGUUCAGGAGCAAAAACAUUCAGGAACUAAGUUGCUCGACUUCCAAAGUAUGACUGUAACCAAGCUUUUGACGGCACAACAGGAGACAUCUCAAAUAGGGACACACCUGAGGGGUGUCAGAGAGGUAGCAGCGCAGUCAGACUGCCAGCUCACAGGACACAUGCUCCUUUGAUUAUUGCCCCAAAUUUUGUCAUCUGUUCUCCCUCCCUCCCUCCACUACUAAAUGCUUCGUUCAUUGCAGCAGCAACAACUCAGAAGAACCUGCCAGCUUACCAGAGGAUAGAGUUACCCUAAGUUAUGGCAGAUUAAGUUAAGACCCCAUCCCUCCCAGAGUCAUAUCUCCAGGUAAGAGAAGGCAAAAAAUAACUUUGGUGGAUAGAAGUGAUCUUUCUCUGCUUAUCCUCACUAACAAAGUGGACAGCAUCAUUUUAGCGGAUUCUGAAAGACACAUAAGAGUCGUCAACAUUCUUAGCUUAGGAUUCCUGUGAUCUUGAAAGUACCACGGCAGCUUAGAUGUCAUUUACCCCAUUGUGCCAUCUCCACACUGCAUUCGCAACUGCCGAGCAAGCAACUUGCAAAGAUACAUGAGCCUGCUAGAAUAUCAAGUUGGCAACGCCACGGAGGAACACCUGGAAUCAUACUGGUUACUACUGCUGGUACGCUUCUUUUACUCACUGCACAGCAACAGAAAUAAGAGUUAUGUUGCUCGUUGCGCCUGCCUGAAAGCUGCCCAGGAAGAGGCCAAAAGGCAGCAUAGAUCAAUGGCCAGCAGUUGACAGGAAGGUCUUGGACCUAGAUGUCCAGUAUGCGUUUGUGAGAAUGCUGCCACCUAAAUGCUCCUCAGAGGAGCACUCUUCUCUCAGCUAGGGAACUGCGAUGUGUAGUGACUGACUGACCUCCACGUGGCCGGGCUGCAAUCCUGCAGAGCGAAGGGUGUUAUGAUAGCUUAGUCAAUAGUAAGGAUGGAGUGAGAGGAGUGCCCUUCAAUCACUAGAGAGCUUACCUGAAUGUGAUGGUUCACAGGCCCCAAUACCCCUCCUUCUACACAGUGCCUUCUAUCCAUGUGAUGGCGUCACCGGCUGGUGAGGAAGGAUUAGCCAAUACAACGCUGAACACUGAAAUGGACAGACGGUGGAAAGUGGGAGAGAGACAUGGGAGAUAUCUGUAGCAGCCAUACUUUAAAGCUCGAGUCAAGCUCCCCCCAUCUACUUACCUGCGGAGCCGUCCAGGAGUUCUUGCUGGUUGUCCCGAGGGUCUUCACAAGUUUUAUUCUUAUGUAUUUCUCCACAGUUCUCAACAUCAACAUUCCCUUUGCUGUGCAGGGCUUAAGACCAGAGAUAAGAGCUGCAUGUGCUGGCAUCUGAGAAAUGGACUCCAUGUUAAGGGUUUCUGCACUAUUCUAUGCGUGCUGUGAUUGGCCAGUCUGAAUCCUAUGCUUCACUGCAGUGAUGUGAGUAGAGUGGCAGGAAGACUUUUCUGACUCUCUGCUAAUAAAGGUAAAGGUACCCCUGCCCGUACGGGCCAGUUAGACAGACUCUAGGGUUGUGCGCUCAUCUCACUCUAUAGGCCGGGAGCCAGCGCUGUCCGCAGACACUUCUGGGUCACGUGGCCAGCGUGACAAGCUGCAUCUGGUGGGCCAGCGCAGCACACGGAACGCCAUUUACCUUCCCGCUGGUAAGCGGUACCUAUUUAUCUACUUGCACCCGGGGGUGCUUUCGAACUGCUAGGUUGGCAGGCGCUGGGACUGAACGAUGGGAGCGCACCCCGCCGCGGGGAUUCGAACUGCCGACCAUGUGACCGGCAAGUCCUAGGCGCUGAGGUUUUACCCACAGCGCCACCCGCGUCCCGCGUCUCCACUAAUAGGAAUGUUUUAAUUUACACAAUCUCUUUUGUUGGUGUAACUUAACUCGUUGGUACUCAGGAGUAGAAUCUGAGGGACCAGUUUGAUUCACACUAAGCCUCCUCUUCCCCCAGUGACACUGACAGCUGUGCCAACAAUGUUGAGUCAACAUCAGCAAAACCUUGAUGCUGACAUUAUAUCACUAGCAUGGGCUAUGCAGAAAAUCCUAGAGGGCUCAAAAGUUAUCAUAAAUUGAGCACGGUGCUGUGCCCUUAAUAUAACCAUUUCCCCAUAAGAAUCGCAGGGUUAUUAUUACCUGAAUAAAGACUUAAGUUAAGGACUUAAAAUUAACGCACCUCAGAUUUUAAAGUAAUUUAUUGGAAAUAGUUCUUAGAUUACAAACAAGCAUUUCUCAUUUACAGAAUGUGCUGACAGCUAAUGGUAAGAAAUGUAGCCUUCCAGUCACCUGCCCAUCAGCAAUGCAACCCUGCAAAAUUGCAGAGUAAUUUACCUAGUUAACUUUGCCCACACGUAGCCCUUUAAGUAGUUUAUUUGUGGUCCAAUUACCUGUUUGUGAAGGCAUUCCCUGGAAGAGUGCCCAACCUCAUAUUUACCUCACUAUGUUCUGCAACAAGAUGGAUACUUCAGUUGUGUCUACUAGCCUGUGAAAAUACAACCCACUUACUCUUACAUUGUUUUGAUUUCUAUGAAAUUAAAAUGCUGUAGGAUUCUUUUAAAAAAAGAUUUAAGUCACAGCAAUAUAAAACUCUGGAUUGGUUAACUUAUUCAGCUGAACUGGGGAACUAUUCAGGAUGCAGGCAUGUUAGUGCUCUUUGGGUGGGCUAUCAAGAACGUUAUAGUAUCGUGGAACAAGUCACCAUGUGAUGUUUUACACUUAAGUUUCAGUUGCUCCCAAGAGGAUUAACCACCCCAAAGAAAGGAAUGAUGACAUGAGAAACAUUGACACUCAAGUACAGCAUAACAACAAUUAAGCAUUUUGUAAAACUUCUGGUGCUUUUUAAGACUGAAGAGGUUUGUUCAUUUAUGUAUAUGGUCAAUUAAACCAUUGGUUUUAACUACAUUGUUUUAUUAAAACAAUAUUCCAAGAAGCAUAGGGUAAGGUCUUCUAUCAGAACAAUUUGAGACUUAUUAAGUUGCCACAUGCUAAGGUCAAACUAAGCUACCACAUACAGAUGUUCUUUUUAGAUAAGCAAAAACCACAGCACACAUCCAUUGACCGAGUUGCUUGAGUGUGUUUUGAACUAGUCAUACAAUCACUGUUUGAUAAGCUUAACUUCUCCAUUUUAAAUAAAACAACUUCCAUUUAUACAGAAGAAACAUAAGAAAGACCGGUGUUUACAUAUAAUGCAGUCACUAAGUAUCUACACUGCUUACACUUUAAUAUACUAACAUAAAGCAUGGGUUUGAUUCACAGAAUAAGUAGGUCCACGAUUGUAAGUUAACAAUAACUCUUUAUUGCUUUAUACAUGUGGUGCUUUUUCAAGGCACUGUGGCAUGGACUAAAAAACUUGGAAUGACUUGUGAAGGAACCUGGAAUGACAUAUGGUCAACAUGGAAAGUUCUUCAGAAGCAAGACGACAGCUAAUUUAAAUUCCAAGAUAUCAAACAUCAGGAAUGAGAGUUCAUAGUUCACAGGAGAUAAUAUAACAAUCUUGUUUAAGGAUCAGCUCCUUCACAUGCCCAUUCUGAUACUCUGAAUAAUCUGGAAGAUAGCUGCAAAAGGAAACAGGUUUAGAUGUUGCUAUGUUAGAAUAUAUCAAAUGAUGCACCAUUUUAAAGAGUUAUGUACAUUGGCAUUGCUAUAUACACAGAGUAAACCAGAUUUCAGAAAACCUUUGAACAAGUUCCACUUGAUUUUACUAAGCUGUGUAAGACAGAACAUUUUACUACUCCCAAUUUUAUAUAAAUAUCUUCCAAGAAAGCCACACUAGAAAGACCAAGUGAAGUGUGAAACUAUACCAUAUGGCACAAUUUUUUUCCUGUUUUCUCAGCUGAAAUCAACCUAUUUUAAUUAGCAGUUUUGAUUUCAGCAAUAUGACUUCCCACUCAGUCCUACACAUAAUAACUCAGAAGUGAACUGAUCCAUGUACAGUAGAACAUACUCUCAGGUAAGUGUGGAUAGGAAGGCUGUUUUAAAAGAAAGCAAUGGUUGCCAAUGUAAAUCUUCCUGUUUUCAGCAUAGUGUAUAAAAUUGCUAUUGACAGCACACUUGUAACUUAUUAGUUUAGAUCACUGCUUGCUAUGUCAACAACUAAGUAGCCACAAUAAGGGGUAUAAGCGUGACAUUUAAAAACAGCUAUGAACCCACAAUAAGAUACCAGUCUCCCUCAUUUGUGAAGUAGGCAAACUUCAUGUGAAUAAAGCCCCUCAUUUAAGUAAUAACAACUAUUACUCUCCUUAUCUUAUUUGUAACCAUCAACACAACUCCUAAGGAUAUAAAAAUUGGAGCCAGUAAGCUUAUAGAACUAGGUGAACCAUCACAUAUUAUUAACAGUGUUCCCUGACAGCGUUCAGGAAAUCUGUUUUGCAUACCCUUUCUUUCUUUUUGUGAAGCUCUGUCCUGAGCGACCUGGUGUACCGGAAAAAUUACCUUACUUGCAAUUUGGCUAUUUAAACAGGUAAGUCUCAAAUAGCAACUUCCAAAAGGCCAGCUAUAUUAGUCUGCUGUGCAAACCUGAACACAGGUAUAUUAGACAGACAAUACCACUGGGAUUUGUGGGUCACUUCUGGGAAAACAAGCUUAAGACAGCAUUGAGAAACUAAAAUUCUAAGGAUGCCUUUAUCUUUUGCAAGUCCUCAUUGCUACAGAUGUACAUAAAGAUCAGUGUGGGGGGGUAUUCAUAAAAAGUGGGCAAAUAUCACUAGUCCAAUCAAGUCAGGCAAUGUGUGUGUGCGUGUAGAGUGAUUCCAAUAUAAUGUCUAGUAAUUUUAAGCAGGGUUGUGUUUUUUUUAAGAAACCAGCAUAGCUAUGAUGAAAAAGUACCAAUGUGAGAACCUAAGGGCUAAACUGGUAGCUGAAUAAGGUCCAAUGGUAGAGUUGCCCAUAUGGCAGAGUUGCCCAUAUGGCACUCAACGCCAGCAGCAGCCCUAGGGGUCCACCUUGCCCAGCAAAUCCACUACACCUCUCCAGAUGUUUCUGAACACCUGCUCCCCAUCCCACCACUUGCGAGAAGCAGCGCUGCCCCCCUUUUAGGCGAAAACACCUUCCACCACUCAAAAAGAAAAAGAAAAUGCCUCUUCUAAGAGGAGAACCGCCUCCUUCUCCCUGAUCACGUCUUGGCAAAUCUAACCAACAAUUUAAGGACCACAAACUACGGGACACCAGAGAAGCACAGGGGAACAUCUGUGGGAAGCAAACAAGUGUCGCCGCAGCUUGUUUACCUUUGCUAACCCAAGACCUUUCGGGCUGGAAGGGGUUCCCCACCUGAAAACCACCACCCCCCACCCAAAAAAUCAAAUUCCCUUGAUGGAGAUGUUGGACAAGGGACCCAAUCCCGCCCAGCUGCCAGCGCUUACCCGAUCCGCACACCACGAAGAUGAACAAGGCCAGCAGCCAGGGCCCCACCGACGCCUUCUCCUCGGGGGCGUUUCUCUGUGGGAAGAGCCAGCGUGUCAGGACGGCUCGGGUGAGGAAGAAGAAGAGGAGGAAGAAGAAAAGGAAGAGGAGGAGGAGCGGGGUUUCUUUCGGGGGUAGCCGCCCCUCAGCGGCCGGGGGGGGGAGGCCACGAUCCCCGCAGUCCCCCCCUCCUCCUCUUCCUCCUCAGCCCCUCAGGAACCGGUUAAAGGCCAAGCCCCCCCUCCCGCACAGCCUCCCAUCUUCCUCGCGCGUUUCCCCCUUCAGAGGCUGCUUCCCGCGCGAGGGGCAAAGCGGCAGGGGGAGACGGAGCCCCGCCCUCCCCGGUCGCAGGAGGGCGCUGAGGGGAAAGGGGAGAAGAGGUUUCCGAGGCCUCCUCCGCGAAGGAGCCCCUACCGAGGUCUUGGCCACGUUCCCGCGCUGCGUGAUGUUCUUGCUGUGCUUCUCGUUGGCCAUCCGGAUCCGCUGCUUCGCCACCAUCUUGGCCGCCGCCGCCGCUGCCGAAGCUGCUGCUGCUGCCUGACAGACAGACGCCGCGACUGAGCUGUGGCCGCGCUGCUUGUGUGAGGAGGAGGAGGAGGAAGCGCGUGAGGGGAGGGCAGCGUGAAGGGAAGGGAGGGGGGAAGAGACCGAACCGCCUGACGCGCUCCCUCCGGCCGAGCCGCCGCGUAAGCAGCAAACUGCCCCUCGCGCAGGCCCCGCCCUCCGGAAGCGCGGAGGCGGAGCCGCCGCCGCCAACCCGGAAGCGGCCGCCUCUCCCCUCAGGUUUUUCUCUUCUUCGUUUCGCCGUCUAACGCUAAAGGUGGCCGGCAGAAAUGGGCGGAGGCCGCGUGACGUGGGAAACUCUCCGCCCCGCCCCUCUCGAGAGGUUGCUACACGUCACCCCGGAAAAAGGCGUCCGCUCUUGAGCUGGCGGAGGAGAGACGUGUACUGUCCUGAGCCGUGACCCCCGCGACCCGGAAGGAGAAAAGGUUGGGCCUGGCUCAAGAUGGCGCCACCCACGCCGCUUCUGGCAGGUGGGUUGAGGCGGGCGAAUCCAUAAGUUGCCUGUUUUUUUUAACAAAUCUUUUUUUAUUUUUCGAUGUAGCGCCGCGUGCAUUAUGGCGGCUGCUCUGGGGCGCUGCGUGUUGUCCCCGUGUCCGUUUCAGCUGCAUCCUCGUGCCGGAGUUGCGCGAGGGAAGUCCUGCGCGUGGCGCAGGGCGAUCCUAAAGGUCUCCCAGGGAAGCGCCGUUCCUCAGUAGCGGAGCGCAUUCGUACUCAAGCGGACGGCUGCUGCUCCUUGAGGAAUAGGCAGGCGGGGCAAGACUUCGGGACGGAAGUCCAGGGCCCCCCUAAGCUAAGCAGAAAGAGCGCGCAAGACUCCCAAGGCGACAGCGCUAGCUUACUGCACUUUGAAGCAAGUUAAGCAUGACACGUUGUCAGCUAAAGGAAUUUGUGUGUCUCCCCCCCCGCCCCCCUAAAAUCGUUGUCCAGAGCCGUGAGAGUCCCUGACUUCAUCACUGAAGACAGUAACUGAGCUUGAUGGACUAAUGGCAUGGCUUGGUCUAAAGCAGAUUCUUAUUAAUUUACUUAGAUGCAAAGAUCUAAAAAGCUUAUUGGGGCUUCUUCAAAUGCAAGCGUGUAUGAGUUCUAUCGCCUUACUCGGAGGUAAAGGGCAAGGCACCCAGUGUGGCUUCCUCCUACUCAGUAUUCCUAGGAUCACACUCUUAGAUGUUUUACCUGGGACUGAGGGCCACUGAGUUUCAUAGGGCUUCUCUACCAACGAGUAAAGCUGCAGUCUUAUCCAUUUAGUCUGUGGAGCAAAUCCUAAGCGAUUUUUCUAAUGAGGAAAUAUGCAUAGGAUCAGGCUUUACAGCACUGAUAUGGACAGUUGCACAUGCUUAUGUGCAUGCACACGCAAAAUACACCCCCCCAUCUCCCUUUUGAAUCUCAUCUGUGGAUGUCAGUUUCAGACUCUAUUGCCUCUCCUAAGUUAGAAGGGCCAUAGCUCAGUGAUUGAGCAACUGCAUUGCAUGCAGAAAGUCCCAUGUUCAGUCACUGGCAUUUGCAUGAAGGACUAGGAGAGACUCCUACCUGAAACCCUAGAGAGCUGCCAGUUAAGUACAGUACUGAGUUAGAUGGACCAAUAGCUGACUCGGCAAAAGGUAGUUUCUUAUGUUUCUAUGUAGAAGUGGGUUCAACAAUGCAGUAAUUGCACUAUUGGGAUUCAGUAUUUGAUGUAAAAAUUCCCAGUAGAUAACUUAUUUUUAAGUCAUUAAUGUGACCUGAUCUCAAAAUCAUUAUAUUUAAGCCUAGAGUAUCUGAAAGCAACAUAGGACAGAGUUCCUAUACUUUUUAUAAUUUUAAUGAUUUUGGAGGGUAAUGUAUGUCAUGCCAUAAGCCUGCAAGAGGUGAGAAACUUUGUGCCUUCUUAAACUACAAAAUUAAAGGUGCGGGAGCCCUUUGUGUCAUACUGUUGGUUGCCAGGUUACAACUGAGCCAGGUUUUGAAAGUUAGGCUGAAGGAGAUAGUGCCAUCUUUGCAAUUUUUUUCUGCCCCAAUUUUCUAUUGAGUUAUUUAUUUGCAGUUCCCCCUUCUUUUUUAUAGCAAGCAGAACUCAUAGGUUUUAAAGGAAAACGUAGGUGCUCUGGUGAUAGGGUUCAGCUUGUAUUAUAUAGGGUAGUACUCCUUUUGAAAAAUCAGGCAUGUAGUCUUGGGGUACUCCUGGACCCAGCUUUGUUCAUGUCUAGACAAGCGGUGGCAGCUGUGGGGGGUGGGGGUGCUUUAUACCAAGCUUACAUUGGUGUGGCAAGUGCACGCAUUUCUAGGAAGCUCAGACCUGCUUUAGUUAUGUAUAUAAUGAGUAACUACAGCAAAGUCAAUGGCCUAGUUUGCACAUAACACUAAACUAUGGUUCAUUAAACCAUAGGUUAGUGUUAUAUAUGGACCCUGCUCAGCAGCUUAACUAUGCCUUGAUUGCGGACAACAAAUCAUAAUCUGAAGCCAUGCUUCGCUGUUGGCUUACAAAUCUUGGUUUGUUUUAACUAUGGCUUGGAGAUGUGUAUUUGUUUGAUGACCUACCCUGGUUGCUCACCCAAAGAACCAGUAGCAAAUGAGACAAGAGCAGCAAAAACAAUUUUUGGAGAAAUUUUUAUUUGUAUGAUCAUCUGUGUGAGAACUUGUGGUUAACCUGCGGUUUGUUAAAUAAAACAUGGCUUGGUAUUGUGUCAACCAGGCUUAUGUGAGACUGCCUCUGAAAAAUCUCUGGAAACUUCAUCUGAUCCAGAAUGCAACAGUAAGGUUAUUGAUAGGUGCCCAUCCCAGUGAAUGUGUGACUGCCAUUUAUUUAUAUUCAAUCAACAAUUCUAAUUUUCAGUAUAAACUUGGCCAUUCCCCUGCAAAGAUACAGUGGUGCCUCGCAAGACGAAAUUAAUCCGUUCCACAAGUGUCUUCGUCUAGCGGUUUUUUCGUCUUGCGAAGCAACCCUAUUAGCGGAUUAGCGCUAUUAGCGGUUUAGCGGCUAUUAAAGGCUUAGCAGCUUAGCUGCUAAAAGGCUAUUAAAGGCUUAGCGGCUUAGAAAAAGGGGGGGAAAGCGAAAAAAAAAUCUCAAGACUCGCAAGACAUUUUCGUCUUGCGAAGCAAGCCCAUAGGGAAAUUCGUCCUGCAAACCAACUCAAAAACGGAAAACCCUUUCGUCUAGCGGGUUUUCCGUCUUGCAAGGCAUUCGUCUUGCGGGGCACCACUGUACAAGUAUUCAAGCCUCAAACUUUGACUGUAUUCAGACAGUCAUUUUUCUGCUUAAUAGGCCUAGAUAUGUGUGAAACACUUCCCUAUGCUCACAGCGACUUCACUGAUUCCUUUCUAGCAUGAAUAAUCAAAUCAGGAAGCCUCUUAUUUCACCAUCAUUUCCCUUUUGUCCAAACUAGGAAACUGGCUGCCAACUUCAGAAAAAGCACAGUUUGAAGUUGAGUUUAUGACUGUUGCUUGUUCUGAAGCUGCCAAACUAUAAAGUUGAUUCAGAUGAAGUGGGAAAUUGUUAUUUGAAGGCUUGAGGAGCAAAGGGGCACCUACUAAUAUUAAUAUUUCAGCUUAUUAAUGUGAGGUAUGAUCAUUAAAAUAGGCUUUUGUUAUGUAAACAUUAAGUGCUAAUUCUAUUAGUGUGAAAUAAAUGCUAUUUUUUUUGCUAGUGCGAGGAUCUGAAGGACUCUAUAUGGUGAAUGGGCCUCCUCUUUUCACAGAGAAUACAGCAUUUCAAAGGUACUUCACUUUUCUCUAUUGUUAAGUGCCAUUUUUAAUUGGAAUUUUAUUUAUUUAUUGAAAGCAUUUCUAAAACAUUGUAAGCAAAAGCAUAACACAAAGACAAUAAAACAGUGUCAUAAAAACAAAGAUACAACAUAGAAAACAGUGAAACAGUAUAAAAACAAAAAAUCAGUAAUAAUAGGAUCCAAUGUUAUGAGUCAAGGACAGCCUGGUCAAGGAGAUCUCUUUAUGAGGUGGUGGCAACUGAUGGAUAAUGCUUCACAUAAAUGAUCAAAACUAUAUCUAAUUGAUUAAAUUCAGAUGUUAAUCAAUAACAAGUAAGAAUUGGUAUACUUAUAUACUGCUAGGGAUAUUUAUCGAACACAGUCUAUUAAUAUUUUUCUAUGCAUUUUGUGUCAUAUACUUUAAUUGUGAUAGAAAUGUAUUUGUUUUUCCAGGGAGUCUGGGAAAAACAGCAAAGUUUUUGCUUUCAGCAAGGAUGGUUCCCUUUUUGCUUGGUGCAAUGGAGAACAGUCAGUAUAACUCCUUCUUUUUUAAACAUUUGUUAAGAAGUUUGGGGGCCUAUAUUAAAUUGUGCAAAGUGUGUUAAAAAAAUUGCUUGAGGAAGGAAAAUUGCUACAAAUACAUGUAUUUGUAGGUAUGUUCAUUCAAAACCAACCUCAGUCAGUUCUCAAUUGAACUUCCAGGAAGAGUGGACAGGAUUAAAGCUUUACCAACAGAUACAAUUCUGUCCAAUUUACGCAUUGCUUUCCAGAUGGUAGGAUUAGAUUGGUAGGAUUGACAGCCUAAAAUGCUUGAAUCAUGGAUGCAGUUGGGCAGGCUUAGCUUACUGAAAUGCAUUGACCUAAGCAUGUGUAGGAUUGUAGUUUCUGAAACUGAAUAUCCUCCCCUUUCCAUUUUGAAUUAGUACAUUUCCAGAGAUGUUAGUUCUGUUUUGUCGUUCUUGGAGUAUUGUAUUGCACAUGUGUGCCAUUCUCAGCAGUUUAGAUAUCACUUAACAUAUAGCAGAUGGGACUGUUACUGUUUAACCUGAGGCCAGCUCCCCAAUCUUACUUUGUGCCAAUUGGGACGAAGUAGUGUGUGAAUAGGCCAAAAAUAGAAAGGUUCUCUUAUCACAGUCAUUUGCAAUGUGACUCUUGCAUGACUUCAGUCUCAAGGGCAUGGUAGUGAAACGUGUGCACACGAGUCUUUGAAGGUUUGGAGUUUGGUGGUUACACACUGAGGAAACUUAAGCAGCGGGCAACCUGCAGCCCUCAGCCUAAUAUGUGAUUGUCUGGGAGGGAACAAAAUGGUGGAAAGAGGUGGCAGAGAGAGAAGGGUUUCCCUAUCUACCUUUGGCCUUGGAUCUGCCUGUUGCUGUCUUACUAUUGCUAAAUUACCCACCAAAGGAAUGCAACCUUGAUAGGAAAAAAAAUUAUAUUAGUGAAAUAUUGAACAGUAUGGUAAGUGGAAAUAUAGUUCUAUAUUCUAUUAAGUGGUUCAAAAGAAAGCAAAUUUGGCACUGAACAAAUAAAGCCUGCUAUAAAUUAACCACCCUAAUCAAGCUUUGUUGAAGUUACCUCUUUUGCUUCCAGAGUAAACAUCGUGAAUGUCACCAGCCAUGAGGUGCUGCGUUCUUUUGAUCAGCCGAAGACAGUUUGCCUUGAAUUCUCUCCAAAGAGCAAUGUCCUGGUAACAUGGCAGCCCUACACAAGUGAGUACUUCAGGUGUCUGCUCCAGCUUCCUUCAGUGUACACAUGGCUGCAGUCGUGCAUGUUGUAAACAUUGGAAGGUUCAUAAAUACUGCAACCUUUUGUAUGCUAGGAUUGUAAGAAUACAGAAGAAAAAUCAAAAAGCUUCCUUCUGAAGUGUCAUAGUAAUAAGUUGUGUAUGGUACCCUUGACUUUCCUUUUUCCAAUUUCCCAUUGCUAUGCCCUUCAAUAUAGACUGCAAGCUCUUCAGGAGAGGGACUUGCAUUUCUUCCUUAGGAUCCCCCCUCCCCACCACUUUUUCUCUGUUGUUAGUGUCAGCCAGCCUUCCCCAAUCUUGUGCCCAUCAGAUGGUUUUGACUCCAGCUCCCAUUAGUUGUAGCCAGCAUAGCCAAUGAGGCCUUAUAUAUUUGUAAAAUUUAUUACCUGCUUUUCACCAGUGGCAGGUUGCAACAAGUGGAAAGUACAGUUAUAAAAUAGAUAAGAAUCACUACUAUAAAAAAUGCAAUUUUAAAAUAGAUAAAAAUCACUUCAGUUUUGAAACACAUAAAACCAUUAUGCAUGGUGAUGGGAGCUGUAGCCUAGAGCAGCAGGUUAGGGAAGGCUACAGUAGGUUAAUAAUAAUAAUGGAAAGAAUCAUACUGAUGGAAAGCACCAAAAAGUCAUUAUGUCUGAUUCAUCAUCCAACACAGUUCAAGGCCUUCCAGACAUCAUGCCCCCAACUAAAACCAGUGCAUACUCAAUUAGAUGUGGUGCUAUUUUCUUUCUCUAAAGGCAGGAGUGAGUGUGUGUCUGUGUCUGUAUGUGUUUGGGGAGGGAGUUAGGGGUUUAGAUCAGAGCCAUAGCACAGGGAAUGGAUUAAAACACACCCUGCAGUUUUUUCCGCUUAAAUUGUCCCCCUAAAACUGCUGUUAGCUGUGAGGUAGGGGAAGAGAGAUCUUGCUUGUCUACCCACCCCAGACAGUGGUUUCUAGUGACAGGGGUUCAGGUAGGCAGAGAGCAAGCAUCUAAACCAGGGAAUGGGUUAAAAAAAAAUCAUCCAGCACUGCAGCAGCCCUGAUUCCAUUUCCCCUGUGGCUGCUCUUAGGUAAAAGGAAAUGGCAUUGGCAGAUCUGCAGUUGAAUCUCCCAUGUCACAUCUCGUUUGGCCCGCAAAUGGAGAGUAAAUGUAUUACUGUUUGGCACAACUAGUUCCAGAUGAACUCAAGCAAAGAAUAGAGUGACUCUUGCCAAAAAAAAUGCAUCUACAAAGGAUUUUGACAUCAGAGGGUAAAUUUAUCUGAUAGGAUAAGCCCGGGCUUUUGCUGACCCUCUAAAAUUAGACCCUGUUUUAUGUGAUUGAAUCUUCUGAAUAUCUGUUGUAAUCACUUUUUACAUACUUUUAUGUGUUUCUAUAUUGCUGUUUUACUGGUUUUAGGUUGUCUUUUUGUUUUAAAGUUUUAACUAGGUAUUUUUUUAGACUGCACACUACUUUUGAACCAUUUAUGAACUAUUAAGAGGUUUAUAAAGGAUUUUAAAUAAACUAGCGUAUUGCAUCUCUAAAGAGUGUUAGGGACUGAGAAUUUUUAUUUCAGGAAAAACCUGUUGUGUCUAGGUUUGUUUAAGAAGGAAAAUAUUUUUUCACACUUACAGAUACGGGAUCUGUGAAAGCAGAUGCUAAAGAAAACAUCCUGUUUUCUUGUCCUUGUGUGCUAGCCUCUAGUAUAGCAUUCCCUAUAAGGCAUUAACAAAAUGCAUCAACAGAACCCUUGGUCAGGAUGUUGUAGAUUAGGGAAGGAGAUCUAGUGCUUAUUUUGAAGGUCACCACUGCAAUAUAUGUUGUUUGUUGUAGCUUCUAAAGAUGGAGGAGCAGGAGUGCCCAACCUUCAACUUUUUGAUGUGAAUACUGGAAAGUUCUUAAAAUCGUUCAUCCAGAAAAAGAUGCAGAACUGGUAAGUAGCAUUCAGGAUAAUUUAUUAUUCACGAAAGCGACUUGAAAACUUUUGUACUUGAAGUUGCAGUAUCUGAUUUUGUUCUGCAGUUCAUAACAUGGUAUAUUUCAUUUCAAGCAACCCUGUAGAUGGUGAGCAAUAUUUGACAUCACGGAAGAAGACUUCUACUCAUGCAGUAGGACUUCCCCCAACACAAAUCUGCUCCAAAAGGUCCCCUAAACUCCCAGAGCAGAUUUUUGGGGCAUGUAGGGGGUUGCAGAGUAAAGAGAGGAAGUAUGCGCUUCACUGCACAAGGGACAUCUGUUCUGUUGGUGAGGCGAUGUCAUUGGAUGUCAGCCUGUCUUAGCAAACCAGAAUGAAAGCAGUGGGAUAAUUGAAAAAUAGCACCAGUAACCAUUUCAAUACUUUUUUCCUAAUUGAAUAAUUCUUAAACAUUUUCAAACCACGUUUCUAAAUCACUUGCCCCCCUCUCUAACCAUUAGGUGCCCUUGCUGGUCAGAUGAUGAAAGCAUAUGCGCCAGGAGUGUUAACAAUGAACUGCACUUCUUUGAAAACAACAACUUCAGUAUGCAAGCCCUUUCUUGUUCUCUAGAUAAGCUUUCCCUUUUAGUUUGCCUUUAUUUCUCUUGUGUUUUGAGCGCCUGCAUUUAUCACAGUUGACCGAUUCUGGGGAACCAUAGCGUUUAUUGAGGGCCUUGAUACAGUUUUGAAGCUCCCUUCUAUAGUACAAAAUCCACAUUGGCCUAAUACCUAAGGAAUACUUGAAUGGAUGAAAAUCAGAAAUAGUUCUGAAAAAUGUUUUUAGAAAGUGGUCCUUACAGAGGGGGCAGCAAUGCCAGGUAGGUCUGUGAAUUAAUUGCUCCUGUGGUUCAGCCAGAGAUGCAUGGAAGAUAAUGAGAGACAAACUCUAAGAGAGCAACCUUGUGUAAGUUCACUCGGAAGUAAGUCCCACUGUGGUCAAUGGAACUUUCUCCAAGGCAAGUGUAAAUGGUUGCUACUUGAAUGUGGUGAUGGAGGCAGAUAUGAGGUUGAGUAGCCAUAUGCAAUAUGUGAUGCAACAACAUCACACUGGCAGUGCAGACACACCCAUUCACAUUGAGGGCAAAUGAGUCCUGGUAAGCCGCAGCCAAACUUGGGCUCCAGGUAGACAGUCUUGCACAGGUAACUUUUCUGAACCUGUUGCAGAUGCUCUAACUAAUCAUGAGCAGUGCCUUACACUUGGAAUUUGCCAAGGCAUCAGCAGUAGGGACUCAUGACCAAUGUCUAGUUUAAGCAUUAAGGGAGGAAGCUGCUUGCCCUUUGGGAAAUGUAAUGGUGUAUGGAGGCAGACUCUCAGAUACAUAAAAGAGAUAGGAGCACUUGAUUCAACAGUGUGAAGACAGCCUGAAGCAAAGUAGCUAACUUACUCAAGGAAAGCCCAAGGACCAAGCUCUCUCAUAGGGGAACCUUUUGCAGGGAUGCGUACCAGAGAUGGGCAAGGGCCAGAGGCAAAAAGUGUGUGAUACUUUUGUACAGGCUGCAUUCCAGCCAUGCAAAAGUCAGAAGUUUCUACUCACACCCACACAUUGCUGCAUCCUCCAUACAGGCAAGCAGGAGAUUAUUACACAUUUCAUGGUAUUUUACAUCAAUACAACGAUGGUGCAGAGUAGGUCUGGUGAGGGGUAUGGUGUUGGGGGAUUUCUGAGAGCCUGGCAGAGGCCUGGAGGGCCAUAUGCAAUUCUUAGGUCUAAGGUUCCUCACCUCUACUCAAGAACAUAGCUAAGAGAAGAGGUUGGACCACACUUAAGCUGAGGAGCUGCUUUGAGCUGUGCCUGAAUGCAUGUAUAAACUUACUUUUUGAACGCACCCCUUAAAAUAUAGACAGUUUAGCUGAAAAAGCUUUAAGAGUUGUAGAAAAUGUGGUUUGUUGCUCCAAUAUAGAUAGAUAGAUAGAUGAUAGAUAGAUAGAUGUGAUUCACUUGCAUCAUGCUGUGAGAAUAUAUAGCUUUAGUGUAAACCAAUUUUGAAGGGGUUAUUCUACUACAUAAAGAAGGCCUUUACCAUUUUGUGUGUGUUUGCUUUUUACUUGCCACUAGCAUAGGCUCAUCAGCAGCAAAAUCUAACAAUUAUUUAGGUAACUUUUAUUAACCUGAGUAAAAUUAUGAUUUUGCAGGUACAAUUGCAAAUAAACUUCAUUUGCAAAAAGUCACCGAUUUUGUGAUAUCGCCCGGGGAUCAGCCAACUAAGGUGCCUUCUUUUGAUUUUUAUUUCUUCGACCAUUUUAAUUUCGUAGGAAUCCUGAAAAGGUUUAUGAAUUAUUCCGCUUCUGUCUUUUGUGCUGCUCUUAAGAAUUGUAUUACCAAGCUGAUUAAAUGUUAUUGACACAGGUUGCUGUCUAUGUUCCUGGAAGCAAAGGAGCUCCAUCUUUCGUAAGGCUCUAUCAGUACCCAAACUUUGGAGGCCCGCAAUCUGCAUUGGCCAACAAGAGUUUCUUUAAAGCUGAUAAGGUGACGAUGCUGUGGAAUAGUAAAGGUAUAAGAAAUUUCAAAUUUCCCCUGUCUUUAUCUGUCAAGAAGUGAAUGUAUUGAUUCUCUGUGUUCUUCUGUGUAGGUAACUAGUGCAAGUGUUUUGUAAUUCUAAGUGCUAAUUGCAAUUUUCUUCUAUGACAUUUAAACUAUACUUGCAGCUACUCUUCCAGACCAGUCCCAUCCCCUGUAACUCCCAGCAUGUAGCAGUCAUAGGCACCCUUCCUUGGGAGUACAAUCAGACUUGCUUCUGAGUAACAGGCAUUACUCAAAAGCCAUUGAGACAGACUAAACUGACAAACAACAUGAAUUGUGCAAAUCUUCCAUUCAUUCUAAAUAGAGCUUCUAUACAGGUUCCAGAUAUAUUGCCUGUCUUUAAAAACGUCACAAGGGAUACUGUAAUAAAUGGAUGCUUGUGAUUCUUUGAGCGGUAAUGCAGUCUUCGAAGCUUUGCCAAGAAAAUACAACUUCAUGGCACAUUUUAUAGUUCUCCAACAGUAUCACAUUAAUGUGCAGAGUGCCUUUUGCACAUGCAAAGGAAUCUUUUGCUUUGUUUCUGUGAGUUAACUCCAGUCCUUGCACGCUAGGGUUGCUGGUAUUCCAGUGAGUUGUAUAUAGUACAAUUUUACCUCGGGUUACAUACGCUUCAGGUUACAUACACUUCAGGUUACAGACUCCGCUAACCCAGAAAUAGUACCUCGGGUUAAGAACUUUGCUUCAGGAUGAGAACAGAAAUCAUGCAGCAACGGCGCAGUGACAGCGGCAGGCCCCAUUAGCUAAAGUGGUGCUUCAGAUUAAGAACAGUUUCAGGUUAAGAACGGACCUCCGGAACGAAUUAAGUACUUAACCCGAGGUACCACUGUAUACUGAUCAGGAAGCAAACACGUUGGGUGGAGGUGGGUUGUGGCAUUACUAUAGCAAGCACAGUGGCCAUAAACGGUCUUUGGGAUGUUUAUAUAAACUCGGUGCGAAUACAGCUCUGAUGGCUGAUCUGUGCACCGUGGCACAUGAGCUCUCUUUCAAAAACAAAUUAGGCAGAUUUGUAAGUUGGAUUUAUCUUGCUAAAUGAUGAUUCUUCAGCUAUGGUGGAACAGUCCUUUGCUGCAGCAAGUAAAGCAGAAAAUGGUACCAGGCUGCUGGUUUUCCCACAGUCUGUACAAAUUGGUCAGUGAGAAGAAGGGGGUUCAACAUGUAAGAACCUAAGAGCCCUGCUGGAUCUGUCUCCCCAGCAUCCUGUCUUCCACAGUGCCUGCAAGAAACUGUUGCUCUCUCUGUUGUUGUUCCACCGCCAGCAGCUGGUACUUUAAGAGCUGCUGCCCCUGCCAUGCAUUCCAGUUUCAUUUUAUUGAACCUUAAAUUAAUAUCAUUGGGUAGUUUGCUUUCUGAAAACAUUUAAUUACUGUUGUUUUUAUAUCCAAAUAGCUACUGCUGUGCUUGUAAUCGCUAGUACAGAAGUUGAUAAAACGGGAGCUUCGUAUUAUGGGGAACAAAAUCUGCAUUACAUCGCAACGAAUGGGGAAAGUGCUGUCGUACAACUACGUAAGUGACUCUCCUAGUAAUUGUAUAAUGAACUGAAAAAUCGUCCUCCAUAUAUGCUAAAAGAUCUGUAAUGUUCUUUGGAAAUAAACUUCAGUCUCCUGUGUUUGCUCUGAUGACCAACCUUGUACAGAUUAAAUUCCUUUGGAAUGUUUUCGUUUUGACUUUUGCUAUCUGAAGUUCUAUUCAUUCAGAAGAAGUGAGGUAGUAUAAGAGUUGAGCUCGAAAGUGCGGACUAUAGAGAGGAGAUGGGGACAGGAUGGAGCACCUAAUUCCGUUAAGGAGCCCCUGAUUCUUGAAUUGGGAAAAGAAAGUGGUUAAAACUAGGACUCCAAAUCAGUUUUAAAGCCCCAACCCCCAAUUGUUGAAUUGCUUUUAAUCUGUCGCACUUAUUAUAAUUCAACAUAUGUAUAUAUUACAAAGCUUAAACAGAUCAUCCAUCUUGAGCACGUGAUAGUUGGGGCGUGACAACUUAAGUAAGAAAAGGGUACCUGUUCAUUUUAAGAAAGUAAAGCCCUCUUAACAGUGUCUGGACCAAUUGCAAUAUAUCCAGAGUGUUUACUACUAAUGAGACUACUCUUUAAAUCUGUAAAACAUGUAGACCGUUUUAACCGAUUAAGGUUUUUAAUUGCAAUGAGUUAACUAAACGAAGGAAAACGUGCGGCCCUUGUGGAAUAGCCUUUCAGGGCUAAUCCUGCUGAAAGAAACUUGGGCAGUGUUCUGGCCACUGAAUAAGGAGGUGUUUCUCUCAUCACGUGGCCAGGCUACUCGCUGGCUGCUGCUCCUCAGUAGUGGCAGGAGAGAUGCGGUUAUCCGGCUGUGGUAGAAUAAUGACAGUCUAAUGUAGGCCUGAGUAACUUAUGUACUUCCAAGCCUACUGUAGCACAGCAGGCAUACAGUGUGGUGUCUAGAUGCUUGACAAUCCACACACAAAUACACACCUUCAGUGUGUGUGUGUGUGUGUGUGUGUGUGUGUGUGCACUCACACAUGCAAUCUGAAAGAGGCAGCAAAAAAAGAUUAUUGAAUCACUCUGCUAAGGAACAAUAAGGCUGUUUUCAGCUUCACAGGUUACAAGUUGUGGUGGCCUGUUCUAAUAUCUUGCAGUUUUAAGGAGGCUAACGUUAUACCUAUGCUUGUUAACAGAAACUAACAUGACUUGUAACUGUUCUUCAAAAUCAAUUCCUUCUUCAGGCACAUGUAGAUAACAGUUUUAAAAAAUUCAACUGUUUCCUUUUUCUCUAGCAAAAAAUGGUCCUAUUUAUGAUGCAACCUGGAGCCCCAAUUCCACAGAGUUUUGUGUCGUCUAUGGUUUUAUGCCUGCCAAGGCUACAAUCUUCAAUCUGAAAUGCGACCCCGUGUUUGACUUUGGAACCGGCCCACACAAUGCUGCCUACUACAGCCCUCAAGGACACAUCUUAGUCUUAGCUGGAUUUGGGAAUCUCAAUGGGCAACUGGACGUUUGGGACGUUAAAAACUACAAACUCAUUUCCAAACCACAGGCCUCGGAUUCCACGUACUUUGCCUGGUGCCCUGAUGGGGAACAUAUUGUAACAGCUACAUGUUCUCCAAGGCUGCGGGUUGGGAAUGGGUACAAGAUCUGGCAUUACACAGGCCCUGUCCUAUACAAGUAUGAAGUCCAGCAGAACGCAGAACUUUGGCAAGUUGCCUGGCAACCCUUUUUGGAUGGCGUCUUUCCAGCGAAGGCGGUAACAUAUGCUGUUCUGAGCAAAGCGCCAAACGACGAGCCCAAGGCUGCCCAAGCUUACAGGCCCCCAGCUCUGAGAAACAAACCUGUGACUAGCUCUAAACUAGUAAGUAACUGCUGCCGCCUCUGCUGUAAAAUGUCUUGCUGAAAAAUGUCUUCCCAGCUCUGGGAAAGGGUAGGGGGCACGAUAUUAAAUCCAGUCCUUUGUUCUUCCGCUUCAACUGGUAAUUAGCACUAUUGAAGGCCAUUUAACUAGGACUUUGCAAAUGCCAAGAUUGGAUUCCCCUACCCACUUGCCCCACCCAACUAUAAUCAUGUAUUGUUUAUAAAAGCCGCUGAGGUACACAUAAUAUAGGAAAGGUAUAUGUAAGCACUGGUUUGCACAAGUGUUUUUCUGCUGUCAGAUCAGUACAUGGUUGUUUUUUUCAGUCUGUGGGAGUAAAGGCAGGGUAAUCUUAAAUACUCAUUUCUUUUCAAACAGGCUGUGCAAUAGAAGUACAGUAACUUCUUCCCCCAACUUUAUUUUUAAUAUAAAGGCCUUCAGUCACCUAAAAAAGUGGCACAUUAAAACGUUAUAAUUUUAACAUAUAGUUCAUAUUUCCAAAACAAAUAAAUAUAUUUCUGUGAAAAUGCUCCUGUUUUUGAAUAAAUUUUGGCUCUUUUGGGCAAAUCAGGCUGUAAACCUUCUUAAAGUAAACCAACUACUAUUGUAGGAGGCCUUGCUGGCACAUCACCAGGAUAGACACUUGGUAUAGCUCAACAAUGGCAGAGAAGUUUCAAACCAUGUAGCCUUUUUAUUUUUAAAAGAAUGAAUAUGGUUGGGAUUUAAUCCCACAAAUUCAUUACCAGAUGCUUUGAAUUUGUUGGUACAUUAUCUGCAGCACUUCCUCUGAAUUCUUCUUUACCAGUUCCUCAUCCCUGUAAUCAUAGAAUUGUAAGAGUUGGAAGGGACCUCAAAGGUCAUCUAGUUGAAUCCCCUGCAAUAUAGGAAUCUCAGCUAAAGCAUCCCUGACAGGUGGCCAUCCAUGCUGUGCUUAAAAACCUGCAAUGAAGCAGAGUCCACAAUCUCCCGAGGGAGUCCCUUCCAUUGUUGAUCAGCUCUUACCAUCAGAAAGUUCUUCCUGAUCUUUGGUCAGAAUUUCUUUUCUUGUAACUUGAAGCCAUUGGUUCGUUUCCUACCCUCCGGUGCGGAAGAAAACAAGCUUGAUCCAUCAUUCGUCCUCCCUAUUGCUGCAUCAUGGGAGCCUGUUCCAUGAUCAAGCAGUAUCCCUGUUGUGUCGCAGGGAAAAAGGGGCUCACAGGAGAUGCCAUUUGCACAAGGAGAUUCUGGUAAUUGGCCUCUCUUUCCCAUGAGGAUUAAACAGUUAUGACCAUAUCCCUGAUGGGUUCUGACACUAAUGGGGGUUUAUUAAGCAAGCAUCCCGUGGAUUGCUCACAUCUCAAUAGUGGAGAAGGGGAAAGCACCUCCCAACAACAUUUUAAAGACUUGAGAUGACAGAGCGAAAGGAAAGUUAAAGAAAAGUGGCAGUAACUAAGCUUGAUGGCAAAUUAGGUUUUAUCCUUUUAUAGUAGUACGAAGAAUUAAUUCCUCAGGGCUUACUUCUGAACAGCUGCGAGCCUGCUUGUUAGCAGUCACUAAAAAUAUUAUACAAGAGCAGUACUAUUCACUGAAAUAUCAUUUUCUUCCUAACAUAAUAACCUCUCAAAACUUGUUUGGGACACGCAUGCAAAUGGGUACCAUGUAUACAGCCUGCAGGGCUUUCCCACAGCUGCCAGCAUGCAGAGUUCUGGCUUUGACUCCAGAGUUCUUCAUUCAUUUGUUGGAUUCUUGCCUCUCUGGAAGAUGUUUAAGGCACUGAUACCCUACCAAAAUAUGAGAACCCUAGGUUACGACUUCAAAGAUACAAUGGAGCUGGUAUUUCCUAGUAUAAAUGGGAAACUAUAAUGCUUGUGGGUGUCAUGCAAGAACACAGUCUCGAAGGCAUGAUACAUUUCAAACAGAAUCUAAGUUGCAGUAACCGAAUCGCAGUAGCCGUCUAAAUAAUAAUAUGCUGUGCUUUUCUUUUUAUUAUCUGUUCGGUUACUGCUGAUAGCUCUUAUCUCUCUAGCCCAGCUGCAUCCUCAGUUAUAGGGCUGAAGCUCAGCUGUUAGAGCAUGAGGGUCGUGGGUUCAAGCCCAAUGUUGGGCAAAAGAUUCCUGCAUUUCAGAGGGUUGGAGUAGAUUACCCUUGUGGCCUCAUCCAGCUCUACAGUUCUAUGAUUCUGUAAUUUACGAAUUUAACGCUUCCUGUGUCGGUUCACAUACAGAGUCACUACUAUGCCUUCAUCUCAAAUGUAAGGUCUUGUCGCUUUUCCUGCCCAGGCAUUACAGGUUUUUCCCUCCUACAUUUAUUUGCACAAAAUGACCCUUGGGUAUUUUUUUCCUUGUUUUUCGUGUGAGGUGCCAAUUCAUUCCUUAACCGCAGUUCAGAUAGGAGAGGAGAAUUUGUUCCAGGAAGGUAGUCCAAUAGUUCUUCAUCUCCUAGCUAUAAUGAAUGGGAAACCUAUAUUAAUCUGCAUUUGCCUUUUAUGUAGAGAGUCAUUAAUCUCCUAUUUUCCUUUUUCAGUAUUCAAAAACAGGUUUGAGAACAUAGCUCUUUACUUCCUCUUUCUUAUUUUCUUUUUGAAAGAGCGUAACCUGAGACUACCAGCACUGAAAGGAGUGUUGGUUUCUCCCACACUGCUGGUCAUUGCAAGUGACUUAUGUCUUACUAACUCCAUAAGCACAGUUAAUAAGAGGUUUGUUAUGAAAGAAGGCUGAUGUAAUCCUAAUCGCAUGUGACAGAGGAACAAAACUGGUCAUUGAGAAACAUAUUAAGCUUCUUUGAAUUUUUUAAGGUGUGUAGUGGGUUAAAGUUGCUCAUAGCACAGUCUAAUACAGGCAUGUCCAACAGGUAGAUCGUGAUCUACUGGUAGAUCGUGGGGUCUUCCUGGUAGAUCCCGGUAGAUCUCUGGCCCCUCAGUGAUCCCCUUCUCCCCUUCCCAACGACAAUGGGUAGAUCACUGCCAGUUUUUUUAUACUGUGAGUAGAUUGCAGUACAUUGGGAAUUGGACGUCCCUGGUAAUACAUGUCCACUCAGAAUUAAGUUCAUUGGGGGUCUUCCCAUAGUUAAGUGGGUGUUACUUAGGGGACUGCAGGCUAGGAAUCAAGUAACAUUAGGGGAUUUAACCUACAUGAUAUAUUAAAAAAUUAAGCUGCACAGUGAAGAGGGGGAAAGCUCUUGUCUUUAUUAUUUUAUGAAGGUUUAAAGGUGUACCUGAAAUGCCUGUAGUGCAGUCUUUAAUCCCUCACUUGGUUACCACAGGCAAGUCUGGAAUUCCCUCUAGGUGAGCAAGCAGGCUUGUGAAGGAGAAACCGAGCCCUCUCUUUCGCUUUUGCCAGCCGCUUGGAUUCUGUACUGGUUGUGAAAGUAACGAAGCCCUUUCCUCGAAGGGCAGCGUGGAAACAGCAGGCUGGUGAAAAAGAGACUUGGCUCCCUCUUCCUCCUUCCUGAGAUUACUCCACUUACUGACUGCAGAUUUUUAUACCAGUUUUUUUUACUCAUAAGAUGGUCGUCUCUUGCAAGCCAAAGAUGACUGGUAAAAAUGUUUGGAUGGUUAGUAAUAAGGCUGCAGCAGUGGAAAUGAAACAAGCAUCCCCUGAAACACAAAAGCAAAAUAGAAGAAGAGAACUGUUCCUCCCCUCCCCUGCCGGCUGUCUUUAUUGAAAUGGAUGCUUCAAAAGUUUUCACUUCCCAUGCACAGAAGCAACACUUGCACAAUAAAUUCUGUGGAAUCCUUGUGCAUAAUAUAGAUUGAGAAUGACCAGCUGGUUGUCUAUAGGCCACGGGUGGCCCAUAAAAGGAUUGAUCUGUCCCUUGGCAAGUCGACCAACUUUUUAAUCAAGAUGGAAUUUCAAAAAAAUGGACAUAUAAGGAAUAAUUGCUUUCAAAAUGUGUGUGUGUGAGAGAGAGAGAGAGAGAGAGGAAACAGAUAGAAUGACAGACAUUUCACAUUUCAGUGUUGUCUCUCUCUAUAACAUGUCAUUCUCAUCCACAAAAGUUGCUUUCUGUGACAUAAGCUCACCACCAGCCCCUUAACUGCAUUAUAGUGGAUAGAAUUAUCCUGGGAGUACCCAGGAUACUUUGUGAACCCUGAAACAGAUAAUCAUAAUUGAGUAAUGCACACGCACACACACUAAUAAGUGACAAUCUACAUGGGUUUCACACAAUUUCUUAACAUGGAAGUAAGUCCUCUUUUGUAGGGCUGAGAUGGAGAACAUGAGACCCUCCAGAUGUUGGACUACAACUCCCAUCAUAAUUGGUGACGUUGGCUAUGGCUGAUGGGAGUUGGAGUUUGACCACAUCUGGUAGGGCCACAGGUUUCCCAUCCCUAGUGUAGGGGUUGUGUAGUUGUGGCAUUGCUAUAAGACAUGUGGCGUAAGUGAACAUAAAAAACAACACCACAAGCCCCUCUUAUCAGGCAGCAGAUAAUUAUGUGUGGGUUUUCUUAUGGUAAUUUCGUCCCCCCCCCCCCUUUGCUUUCUCUUAGCAUGAGGAUGAACCACCGCAGAACAUGAGAUCCAAAAAUGGCGAUAAACCUUUAUCUAAAACAGCACUCAAAAAUCAAAGGAAGCACGAGGCAAAGAAAGUUGCCAAACAGGUAUGGCUGCUGCUUCAGUUCUCUUGAGCAAACGGUUGCAUUCACAUUUUCUAAACCUGUUUACCUAUACCCUGAACAGAGCCAAAACGUGCUGAAUUCCAACAUUCUGGGGAGCUUAACAUGUAUACCAUUCGUGUAAAUGUCCCACGGGGUUGUAUACGAAAGACAUUGUUCCAGAUGUUGAUUUAAUUUGUUGGUUUUUUACAGGAGGCUAGAGCUGAAGGGAGCCAGGAAGUUACUCCGGCCUCACCAGUACAGAAUGCAUCGCAGAAUGCGGCUCCCUCCAUAACAUCAGGAGAUCCUGAGGUUGAUAAGAAGAUAAAGAACCUGAAGAAGGUGGGGAGCUUUUCUAAUGAAGAAGCUUGUCUGUUCUGGCAAAAGGUCUUCUCUCCAACCCCAACCCCCAGUACCUGACAGCUGUCACUUCUCUCACCAUCUAACUUCUUUAUUAUUAUUAUGUUAGUAUAAUGCAUAGAUGCACAAUAAGGGCUAUUAGGUACAGAGCCAAUGUUCCCCAAGGCAGCCAAAGUCCUCCAGUCUCUUCCCUAUUGUAUUAGAAACAGCGUGGCAGCUGCUAGACAGGCUAUAUGAGAAAUCCUGUGAGUGCCAAAAGUAGGGAAAAUGCAGCAGACACAUAUGCAAGUAUUAUUAUUUUUUUAAAAGGAUGGGAACCUGUAAGGUUGAGGAGAGCAGUGGUGCAGAGGGGUGAUCAGCUCUCCCUUGCUGUCCCCCCCCCAAAAAAAAAUCAAAAUAGUCUGCCAGCUCCUCUUCUUUCUGGAGCAGAAAAGUUACAGGAUGGGAAGCAUCUGGAAGAGCAAUUUUAAGUGGGGAUAGGCACAAUGUUCUUAUCUAGAUAUGCUCUCUAAUCUUGCAAUAAACCAGGCAUAGGCAAACUCAGCCCUCCAGAUGUUGUGGGAUUACAGCUCCCAUCAUCCCUGACCACUGGUCCUGUUAGCUAGGGGUGAUGGGAUUUGUAGCCCCAAAACAUCUGGAGAGCCAAGUUUGCCUAUGCCUGCUAUAAACUAAUGUGGCACAAAAUCCUUUCCAUUCAGCAGCCACCACUCCAGGGUGCAGAGCAGCAAUCUAUAUGACGGCUGUUGCUCUCAACAGAGUGCUUGAACCUACCAUAUCUCCUUUAGGAAAGCAAGAAAUCAGUGUGCAUUUUAAUCACUCAGCUGCCCGCUUGCUGAUCUGUGGUUUGGGCUGCAUAACUCAGGCUCUCUCUGUGCUGUUUACACCUUUCCGCAGGGAAAAAUAUAUUUCAAAGGAGCGUGGAGGCAUCCAUGACCUUGAGGAUAAUGCUUAGGGAACAGUAGGACUUCCGGGGUGGCGCCAUCGGCAAUGGCGGACUCCCUCUGAUCUGGAGGGACUAGCUCCACGCGAAAUGGGUCUUUUCCGCUACGGCGAAGUGGGGACCCUUUUAAAAAUCACAGGCGGAUGAAGCCUGUGACCAUGGGACUCGGCGGGCACCUUUAGCGCCCCCCCAACCCGCAAAGGAACCCACUAACGGGCUCCGGAGCGAAGAGGGGGAAGUGGCGCGGUGCUGAGAGUCAACUGCUUCUUCCGUGGAGUGAAGCCGCACAGCCGUUGCCGGAGAGCGCUGCCUUUUUCCUGGGACAAUUUGGCUUCUAAAAUAAUCACCCGUGAGUACUUAAAUUUCGGACAAUUGGACUUUAAAUAAGGACUUGCGAGCAGAAAGGAAAACUAGACUUAAAGGUUUACCUCAAUUUGGCACUGAAACGGGAAGGUCUAAACAGGAAGUCAGCCUUCCGUUUCUUUGUAGAUAGAUUAAAGCAAAGACAUGGCAAACUAGAGCUCAGAAAAUCACUUGUAAAAGAUUAACUUUCAUCAUUUAAAAUUGUUGAACCCCCCUUCGGAAGCAGGAGAAGAGGGGGGAUUUUUUUUUGGACUGUUUAAACCUGCAGAAGUGAGUGUAAAGUAAAGUAACUUUCCACCGUCCUGAUCCUGGGGCGGGGUGUCAGGCCUGACGUGCUUUGAAGCUCAUUGACCAGAGACAAACGUUUUUGACAGAUAGCUAUAAGAAGAGAAACAUUGAUUCCAUUGUUCCCCUUCGCAUUUUAAAGGAACAAAUAUUGACAAAAUAUCUGAAAAAGGAAACCUUGUUGUUAGACUUGUCUUUAAAAGAAAGAACAAAUAGAAGUUUUCCCCCUAGAGGGAGACUGUGAAACUGUAACCAACUCCGGGGAGCUUGCAGCUGUUACAGAUUACAAUCGUGGGAAUAGACUUCUGACCUUGCAGGACAAUGUAUUCAGAAGCUCUGUUGUGUGCUUUCUGUAAAACAAAUGCCCUAUUGGAACACCUACAUGAGAAGACGGAUUUGAUGACUGAUGCGAUCAGAAAUUUUGAACAGGCAGUGGGAAAUUAUACGGAGCCCACCCAGGAAUUAAAUCAGGAGUGUGCCCUGACAGAACAGAUGAGGGAAGAGGAUGUUGCUGAAUCUUGGGCGCCAGAGAUGAAGGGAGCUGUGGCCCAGCAGGAACAUGAGCUUUUGGACUUGACAAAUGAACUUGGAACAGCCAGAUUUAGCAAGAUAAAGUUUGGUUUGGUUUGGAAAUGGGGGGUUGGAUAGACCCCCCUAUGCAGGGAUGUUUGGACCUUUCAAGUCUGGCAAUGGGCCGUGAGAUGUUUGGGGUUGUGGGGGCUCUUAAUUUUGGAGGGAUUUUGAAACAUGUUCUUAAAUACCACAUGGAGUUUAGUGUGGACUAUGGAAAAGGGGCUGAUUUGUCGAGAAGGGUCAAAAACAUUGUAGGGCUGGAGUUCCCACGAGUGAAAGGAGCAGGAGACAAAGGAAAAUACAGUUAUAAAUAUGAAGAAGAGCUGCGGAAGGGACAUGGAAGAGACUUAAGGGCCUUGGAUACAAGGUUACCAGGUUAAUGUGCUAGAUCGAUGGGAUAAUAAGGACUGACAAAACCCGGGACCAGGAGGAAUUUUGUUUUUAUUUCUUUUUUUUUACUACUAGGAUUGUUUUAUAAAAUUGAUGAAUGUUAGAAAAAUGUUGGAACGAAAUUACUUGGCUUUAGCAAAAAUGUUUAAAGAAUUAUGUAAGAAUAUUAUGGUUAUGAGAAGUUGGUAAAAAUAAGAUUUAAGUUUUAAGCUUUAAGGUUCUUUAUAGUAAGAUAAGAUUAAAAUAGAUUAAGGUAAUGUAAUGACAGAAUAUUAUGAAAUAUGGAAAGGAUUUGCUGCGACAAUUAACAACUAGGAUACAGAAAAGGGAGGAGGAGGAGGUCAAAGAAAGAAGGUAAUGACAGUUGAGGAUUUGAGAAUGAUGGAUUUGUUUUUGAGUGUUUGUGGUGUAUUUUUGUUUUUUUGAAUUUGUAUUAUUUGAUGUGGUUUGUUUUUUCUUUUCUUUCUUUCUUUUUUUCUGCUUUGUUCUCUUUUGUAAUUCUAGAAAUUUUCAAUAAAUAUCAUUUUUUUAAAAAAUGCUUAGGGAACAGUAAAGGGCACUUCCUCUCUCUCCUCCCCCCCCCCAAAUCCUACAGCAUAAAUAUUCAAAUGUUGUCUUAAAACGUGUGUUUUUUCCCACCACCGCAGAAACUAAAAGCAAUUGAACAGCUGAAGGAUCAGGCUGCUACAGGCAAACAACUAGAGAAAAACCAGGUAUGCCUAUUCAUAUAUUAUUCUGUUAUUAGGGAUGGCUUGUACAGCACGUUAAAAGUACUAAAAUGUACUAUUAGUACAUUAUAAAUGUAAAAAAGCACUAUUCUGUUUUCUUCUGAAAACAAUAAAUUGCCAGCACCGAGAUUCAAUAAGUUCUGUUUUUUCUUGCAAUCGAAACAAAUGCUCUGAACUUACUUGAAUGUGCUCCUUUUAAAGUUGCAAUGUGGGACUAGAGACAGAAGUCAUGACCUAGAACCUCUUGAAUGCACGGGACUCUCCUUCCCACACAUGGCAGGCAGACAUCUUGAAAUGAAUAGUGUUUGUGAGCACAUCAGAUGAGCCCUGCUGGAUUGGACCAAAGCGCCAUCUAGCCCAUGUAUGGGAACCCUCAGGCCCUCCGGAUGUUGCUGAAGUACAACUUGGGGCCACCACCGAAGGGGAGAAACCAAAGGGGGCCAUCCCUUUGGGGGUGGAACGAAGGGGUGGGCCACCCCCUUGUGCUAUAAUUACUGUUCUAACGGGGAUGGGGUUUUUAACUUGAGUGGGUGCUGUUUAUUUGGUUGGGUGGGGUGGUUUAAAAUUGUUUUUAAAUAUAUGUUAAUUUGUAUUUUGCAUUUGUGGGCUGGGGUAAUGGUUAGGGGCCUUUGUUGGGGAGUGCAUUUUUUCUUAGCUUUUGUAUAUUAGUAUAGUUAAUUGUUUAAAUUAUUUUCAUUACGUAUUUUGUGCUUUUUGUGUUGUACCUUUAUAGUGUGAUCUGCCCUGAAACCUACGGGUAUAGGGCGGUAUACAAAUUUAAUAAAUAGCAACAACAACAAUUCCCAUCAGCGCCAGCAAGCAUGGUCAGGGACCAGGGAUGAUGUCAGUUGUGGUUAGAGAGCCCAAGAGUCCUCACACCUGUUCAACCCAACAGCCUGUUUUUAAUUAGUGGCCAGAGAGAUGCUUCCAGGAAGCCCAUUGGCAGGCCAUGAAAGUAAGUUUUCUGACCCAGUUCCUAUGGAGUCCUAAAGCAUCUAAACAUGGACGUUACAUUUGGCUGCUGCGACUGAGAGCCACUGAUACCCACCAAGAAUCUCCCAUCUGGAUUUAAGUUAAGAAAUGGUUUUCAGAAGUAGAUAGCUUUUGUCGGAUAUGACUGUUCUGUGUACUCAAGUUUAAUUUUUCCUUUGCCUGUGCUAAGUAGUAUCUGAUGGUGUCUUCUGUGUAUAUGUCCUAGCUGGAGAAAAUUCAGAAAGAGGCUGCCCUCCUAAAGGAGCUGGAAGAGUUGGAGCUGGGUGUUUAGAAAGAAGACAGAUGAAACUCAUGGGUUCGUUUUGUAGAAUCAUUUAAUAAUAAAAGACUGGAAAUGCUCAUUUAAAAACACUAUACACAGCUACAUUUUUAUUUCCUUGUCCCUAAUAUAUGGAUACAUGUAAAAAUUUUGAGCAGAAGUAUUGUAAAUCAAAAUGAGGCAAAUAACUUGCUGUGAUUCCAAAAUGGUAUUACUGAACUAAAUAAAGUACAGUGGGUCCCUCUAUUUACUCUUUGGCCAGAUACAAUAGAAGUGACCCUUAUGCAAUAAGAAGACUGUAGAAUAUAAUAAAAAGCAUUUUCCAUUUAAUAAA